UUAUCUGCAGUUCAGUCCUCCUCACACAGCCCUCUCGCACUGUUGGACCCAGGUGGAACUAUACGACUUAUAACCUCUCCGGAAUGUAUUAGUCAUUUAAUUAGUGAUUAAUUGGUUUUAAUGUAUUUACUCUCUCACAUUUUACUCGGUUCAUUUAUUAGUUCAUGUUUUUCAAAAUUUUUCACAGACCUAUAUUUUGGGUUAGUUCGGAUUUUUCCCCUGGAUUUAAAAAAAUAAUUUUCUUCUUUAAAAAAAAGAAAAAAGAAAGUGAUUUAUUUUUGAUUGCGCAUCCCUGUGAUAGUGUGUUUCAUGGCACAUGUGUGCAGACAGCUGAGUGGGAGCGUGGCCAGCUUUGCAGGCUGGGUAGGUAUCAUCAUCGCCACGGCCACCAACGACUGGGUGCGCACCUGCGACUACACUGUCACCACCUGUGUGCGCAUGGACGAGCUGGGCGCGCGAGGCCUCUGGGCAGAGUGUGUCAUCUCUCCCUCACUCUACCACUGUGUCACGCUCAACCAUAUCCUCACACUGCCAGCAUACAUCCAGACAUGCCGUGCGUUGAUGGUGUGUGCGUGCCUAAUGGGGCUUCCUGCGAUGGGGCUGGUGCUGAUGUCCAUGCCCUGUGUCAGACUCGGAGAUGAGAUCCCCGCUACCAAACUACGCCACGGCAUGGUCGGGGGUGCUCUCACCUUUAUUGUGGCUCUCUGUGGAUUGGUGUCGACCAUCUGGUUUCCUAUUGGUGCUCACGCAGAGGAGGGUCUGAUGUCAUUCGGCAUCUCACUGUACACCGGAUGGGUCGGCUCCGCCCUCUGCCUCCUGGGGAGCUUCAUGAUUUUGUGUUGCUGCGGUGACAACCCCUCGGCAACCCCCCAAAGGCAGCAGAACAGCUACUACUACUCCAGACAGGCAGGGGGCGCCGACACACCCAUCAACCUUGCCGCUACCGCCGUAGUCACGGGCAACCACGCCAAGAGCGCACAUGUAUAAGAAUGUGCAUUUGUGAGAGUUGGAGUUCUAGGCCAACUACAUUGCAGACAUAUGCCGAUCUAACAACGCCUGCAUAGUUAUUUAACAUACACUAUAUACACAAAAGUCUGUUAACACCCCUUCAAUUUAGUGGAUUUGGCUAUUUCAGCCACACCCGUUGCUAACAGGUGUAUAAAAUUGAGCACACAGCCAUGCAAUCUCCAUAGACAAACACUGGCAGUAGAAUGGCCUUACUGAAGAGCUCAGUGACUUUCAACAUGGCACCGUCAUAGGAUGCCCCCUAAAAAUCAAGUCAGUUCAUCAAAUUUCUGUCCUACGUGCAGUUAUUGUGAAGUGGAAACGUCUAGGAGUAACAACGGCUCAGCCGCGAAGUGGUAGGCCACACAAGCUCACAGAACGGGACCGCCAAGUGAUGAAGCGGGUAAAAAUUGUCUGUCCUCGGUUGCAACACUCACUACCGAGUUCCAAACUGCCUCUGGAAGCAACGUCAGUACAAGAACUGUUCGUCUGGGAGCUUCAUGAAAUGUGUUUCCAUGGUUGCACACAAGCCUAAGAUCACUAUGUGCAAUGCCAAGCAUCGGCUGGAGUGGUGUAAAGCUCGCCGCCAUUGGACUCUGGAGCAGUGGAAACUCGUUCUCUGGAGUGAUGAAUCACGCUUCACCAUCUGGCAGUCCAAUGCACAAAUCAGGGUUUGGCUGAUGCCAGGAGAACACUACAUGCCCGAACGCCUAGUGCCAACUGUAAAGUUUGGUGGAGGAGGAAUAAUGGUAUGGGGCUGUUUUUCAUGGUUUGGGCUAGGCCCUUUAGUUCCAAAGAAGGGAAAUCUUAAUGCUACAGCAUACACUGACAUUCUAGACGAUUCUGUGCUUCCAACUUUGUGGCAACAGCUUGGGGAAGGCCCUUUCCUGUUUCAGCAUGACAAUGCCCCCAUGCACAAAGCGAGGUCCAUACAGAAAUGGUUUGUCGAGUUCGGUGUGGAAGAACUUAACUGACCUGCACAGAGCCCUGAACUCACCCCCAUCAAACACCUUCGGGAUGAAUUGGAACGCAGACUGCAAGCCAGACCUAAUCACCCAACAUCAGUGCCCAACCUAACUAAUGCUCUUGUGGCUGAAUGGAAGCAAGUCCCCGCAGCAAUGUUCCAACAUCUAGUGAAAAGCCUUCCCAGAAGAGUGGAGGCUGUUACAGCAGCAAAGGGGGGCCAACUCAAUAUUAAUGCCCAUGAUUUUGGAAAGAGAUGUUCGACGAGCAGGUGUCCACAUAUUUUUGGUCAUGUAGUGUAUCAGCUAACCACAUCAUAUGAUAUUGCAAUCUGGUGCCCAACUGCACAGUCGAUGACAUGGCACCCAACUAUUGGUUGAUGCAAUUCAAUGUAGUCGGGCAGGAACUCGAACAGAAGGUAAAGAAGGGUGUAAACUGCAGAGAAUUUAUAAUCCACCAUCUGAACAUUCACAUGUCUGGCCUGACCAUGACCUCAUCCUGUCGACGGAGACUUCACAUCCUCUCAGACAGGAAUCUGGCCAGGUUGCACCAUCCUCCUCACCUUUUCCCUCCCUGUUCACUAGAAUUCCACUCUUCAUCUCCACCACUGAUGUUCUGUGUUCUAGUGUUCCAGUGUUGUAGUGUGGUGAGGGAAAACAGACAGGUGUUCUCUCCGAAUUAGUCACUUUAUUCAAUGUUUUAUUGACAGUUUAUCAGGCAACAGCAAAACACAGAUCACUGUCACUCUUUCUUCAAACAUUACACUCUUCGACAAUAAAUAGUUUCAUUUUUGUAUUAUCUUAUCAAACUCUAAAAAUAUUUUCAACCAACUCAUCCAUGCAACACCAGAGGUGUCAGAAUAUUAGGUAUUAUGAGAGCAUGCUUCCUCUAGUAUAACUGAUUGGUUGAUUGAUUCUAUGCACACUGUUACCUGUUGGAUGUAUGUUAAUAAUGCAGUGUUAAAUAAACAAAUCUGUAUUUUUGUGAUAUUGAGUUUUCUGGUUGGAAAGAGUAACUAUGUAAGAGUAAUCUCUGUAAAAGGCAAUAAAAUGUAUUGAUUCACUCACUCA